CGCAGUGUCCGGUCUUCCUGCAGCGCUCUGGCCACUCCCUCUAGCGUCCAGUCUGCCGGCCAUGGCGGCGCUGCUUUGCAGACGGUCACUCCCUCGGACGUGGCUCUGCAGGAGAGCUGGGCAGGGCUGUGGCCGGCACUACCGCGCCGCGCUUUGCGCCGAGCUGAAGCAGCCUCUGGCCAUUGAAGAGGUGGCCCGCCGCCCUGUCCGACCCCACGAGGUCAGAGUUGAGGUCCAUUUCUGUGGAGUCAACUUUGCUGACAUUUUGGUCUGUCGUGGCCAAUAUCAGGAGAAGCCCCCUCUUCCCUUCACACCUGGAAUGGAGUUUUCUGGGACAGUACUGGAGACAGGCGCGGAUGUCAGCUCAGUGAAAGAGGGAGAUCGAGUCAUUGGUGUGAGUGGCUUUAAUGGGAUGGCUGAAGAAUGCAUCGCUGACCAGAAGACCUUGUGGCGGGUUCCAGAAAAGGUCUCCCUACAAGAAGCUGCCGUCCUACCUGUGUCUUAUGGCACUGCUAUUUUGGCUCUAGAGCAUCGGGCCCAUACCCAGCCUAGAGAAACUGUUUUAGUAACGGCAGCAGCUGGAGCCACGGGCCUUGCAGUGAUAGAUGUGGCAACAAAUGUUCUUCAAGCCAAGGUAAUCGCUGCGGCCGGAAGCGAUGACAAGUGCAAGCUGGCGGUGCAGAGGGGCGCGCAGGGCAGCGUGAACUACAGCCAGGGCAGCCUGAAGGAGGCCGUGAGGCGGCUGGCGGGCAGCCGUGGGGUGGACGUGGCCAUCGACAUGGUGGGAGGAGAGGUCUUCCUGGAGGCCCUCCGCAGCCUGGCGUGGGAGGGCAGGAUCGUGGUGCUGGGAUUUGCUGGAGGAAACAUCGCCUCCGUGCCAGCUAACCUGCUGCUCCUGAAGAACAUCUCUGCCAUGGGCCUGUACUGGGGUCGGUACCAAGACCAGGACUUUCCCGUCUUCUCCAGGAGCCUGUCCUCGGCCCUCCAGUACUGCCAGCAAGGGCGCAUCCGACCGUAUGUGGGGUCGGUGUUUAAGCUGGAGGAGGUCAAUGAUGCCUUCCUUCACGUGAUACAGCGCAAAUCUACGGGCAAGGUUCUUCUUUCUCUUAAAUAAAUCCUUACUUCUGCAGCAAAUUCAGCAUGUCCAAAUCCAAACUCUCAUUCUUUCCCCAAAACCUGAUUUCCCCCUGUGUUUCUAAAGGUGUUACCACCUUUCUUACUAAUCCAGGUUUAAAAUCUGGAGUCACAUGUGGUUCUGGCUUCUUAUUGCUCAUAAUUAAUGUGGCCAUGGAGGGUAUUGUCCAAACUUGGACCUUUCUGAGAGUGGAAGGGUGCUGUUAGUAAUUGCACCAGAUAAAGGCGUCCUGGGCAGCAGGAUGGAGGGUCACCCUGUACAAAAUGCGCUCUCUGCCGAUCCUGCGUUCCCACUCUGCGGUCUCUCUCACCUCCUCCCUUCCGUCCUAAUCGACUCCUCUGCUGCUUCCGCAGUCUUCUCACUGGCUUCCUAACUUUGAACUAAUCUGUCCUCUCCGUCUGCAUCAUGCAUUACUCCAUGGUGGUCUUCCUGAUGCAUGGUUCUACGUCUUGCCUCAGGAAACCUGCAGUGGCUCACUGUGGCUUGCACGGUGCAGUUCAGAGCCCUGGAACCAGCAUUGGACUAUGGCCGUGAUUUUGCCAUCUCUGUUUUCCAGCCCAUGUCUGCAGUUCCUCAGUCCCUGAUCUUGCCCCUUCUCUCCUUCACUCUGUCAAACACGGGCUGUCCUGACCCCUGAGGCCUCCUGUGCCCCUUUCCUCUUCCUCUGCUGCCUUCCGGUAGCUUCUCCUGCAGGAUCCUGUUACAUCCUAACUGUUAUAGGGUGUGGCCCGUGUAAGGGCCAAGAAGCGGGUCUGAAUCCACUGUGGAGGUAUUACAUUCAUUUUUCUCAGUGCAGAGUGGCUAUUCCAUACAAUGUCUACCUCCCAGAGCUACUGUGAGCAAUACUGGCAGUGAUAGGGGAGUGCACCUGGUAGGUAGUAAGGGAUUAGCAAAAUGAAAGUAAUCAGAUUACUUAAUUUCUUUCUUUUCUCCUUUCCCAGUAAAUUGUAAGCUCCUUGAGAACAAGUAUCAUGUCUGAUUCACAACUUUUUUUUGACUUCUCAUACCACCUCCCAUAGUGACUGAACCUGGGUAAAUGUGAAAUACAUUGAACUGAAUUUGAAUGACCUGAAGCUCUUAAAUCAUAGGAUUAAAUUAAGAACAUGUUGCUCUGUCCAUCAGUUGGUGAAUGGAUAAGUAAAAUAUAGUGUGGACAUACUGUGGAAUAUUAUUCAGCCUUAAAAAAGAAUAAGACUUGGAUACUUGAUACAUUGUAGAUGAACCCUGAGAAUGUUACAUGUGAAAUAAGCCAGAAAUAAAUAGACAAAUACUCUGAUUUCACUUAUAUGAGAACCUAGAAGAGUCAGCUUGGCAGACAGGAAGUAGAACGGUGGUUGCCAGUAGGAGGGGAAAAAUGGGGAGUUACUGAAUGGAUAUAGUUUUGGAGUGGGAAGGGGAAGAGGUUUUGGAGGUUGGUGAUGGUGGCAUUACUGUGGGAACGCACUCAGUGCUGCUGAACUAUACAUGUAAAAAUGGUCAAAAUGGAAAAAAAAAGGUUAAAAUAAAAAUGGUUCAACUUGUUAA